AUGUACAGUCGUAAACGGCCAGCGAUAAAUCCUGAGGUGUUUGCAAAAAGGAAAUUAGAGGCUACCGACGAGGAGGAUUUGGAGGGAGAAGAUGAGGCCGAGGGAAGUCAAUGCGAUUUUCGUCAGACAGCUGGGUUUACGAUUUUCACCGAAUCACGCAAAUUCUCCACUACACAUGAAAUUAUGUUCUACCCUGGA